GGCGCUGGCGGCGGGGAGCCCAGCACCGCGUGUUGGCCGAGUCGCCGCCGCCGGCAACGCGGCCGCGCAACUUUGGGGCUCUCGGGCUGGAGGGGCCCGCGGCCGGGGCUGUGCGCCGGGAGGCGCCCGGGUCCCCGCGGCGGGCUCCUGGGUCGCAGGAUGCUGCGAGAUCCGGGAGCGGCGGGUCGGGGACACGGCGUCCCAAGCUUGUGCCAUAGCCUUCCCACGGCUACAGGAGCGUGGUGUCCACAGUGCGCUGCCGAGGAGCCUCCCGGCCUCCGUGGAAAGGGGACGACAAGCCGCGGCGGGGCCUUCGCCGACUCCAGAGGUUCUUAAUCCAGAGCCAACUCCAUGGACCCAGGCCGGGUUUGGCCCUUGGCCUGCUGUGAGCGGGGUGUUGUCUGCUAGAAGACUCCCCUGGCCUACCUGCUCUGGUGCCUUGCAGAGCAAGCGAAGAGGAUGGACGGAGUGACGCGCCCUCUGCCUGUGUGCCUGCUGCCUUCUGCGUCCUUGUUAAUCCUAGUGUCCACUCUGGCGACUGCUAAGAGUGUGGCCAACAGCACUUUAAAUGGCACUGACACGGUCGUGGGCUCAGUGCCCGUGGUCAUUGCCAGAACCGACCAUAUCAUCGUCAAGGAAGGGAACAGUGCCUUGAUCAACUGUAGUGUUUAUGGCCUCCCUGAGCCUCAGCUCAAGUGGUAUAACUCCGUGGGCAAGCUGCUGCAUGAGGACAGCAAGGACCGAGGGGCAGGAAAGUGGCAGAUGCACGACGGCCUCCUGAACAUCACCAAGGUGUCCUUCACGGACCGAGGUCGAUACACAUGUGUGGCGGCCAACGUCCACGGCACCGUGAACAACACGGUGACGCUGAGGGUGGUCUUCACGUCGGGGGACAUGGGCGUGUACUACAUGGUGGUGUGCCUGGUGGCCUUCGCCGUGGUGCUGGCCCUCAACAUCACCCGCCUCUGCAUGAUGAGUAGCCACCUGAAGAAGACCGAGAAGGCCAUCAACGAGUUUUUCCGUACAGAGGGCGCCGAGAAGCUGCAGAAGGCCUUCGAGAUCGCCAAGCGCAUCCCCAUCAUCACGUCGGCCAAGACGUUGGAGCUGGCCAAGGUCACACAGUUCAAGACCAUGGAGUUCGCCCGCUACAUCGAGGAGCUGGCCCGCAGCGUGCCGCUGCCCCCGCUCAUCAUGAACUGCAGGACCAUUGUGGAGGAGCUCAUGGAGGUGGUAGGGCUGGAGGAGCAGGGCCAGAACUUCGUGCGCCACGCGCCUGAGGGCCAGGAGGCGACCACCGGGGACGAGGUCUACACCAUCCCCGACGCCCUGCAGCGGAGCGAGUCCCCCACCGCUGACUCAGACGCCUCGUCGCUGCACGAGCAGCCCCAGCAGAUUGCCAUCGAGGUGUCCGUGCACCCCCAGGCCCGGAGGGAGCCCACGGAUGACCGGGACGGGGGGCCCCUCGAGGCCAGAGACGAGGAGGACACCGAGCCCUCGGCCGAGCACUCCCCCGAGUCCGCGGCGCCUUCCACCGAGGUCACGUCCGCGGCGCUGACCUCCGAGGAGCCCACGCCUGUCGAGGUACCGGACCAUGUCCUGCCCCCAGGUCUCCUGGAAGCCACAGAGCCGGCCGGGGCGUGCGACAGCAAUGCCCACGUCGUCUAUGAAAGCCAUGUCUAACAACGCUCCCCCGAGAAGCUAUGCACACCCCGAGAAUCAGGGCCGCCCCCCCCACCCCCAGGGCCAGACGCAGUCCGCCCUCGCCGCUAAGCCUUACCGGAGACGCCUGUCCCGUAGGUAGGAGCCAGGCCCCUUCAGAAGGGAGCGCCUGCGUGCAUGCUGUGUGCCCGGACCGUGCCCCGCGAUGGAGGAUGCAAGCAGCGGCAGGGUGCAGAGCCGGCGACCUUGGGCAGGUGUCUGUGCGCGCGGCAUGAAUCUCAGAGGCUCUUCUCUGCCAGAUACCUUAAUCACUGAUGCCCUUUUGGUGUGAGAGACUCUGAGGUCAAGAGCCCUGUCCAAUGCACACUGCAGCGCUUUUCCUUUAAAAAGUUAUAGGUCUGCUACGAGAGCAACUGCACGUACGUGGGUCUGUUGCACUUUCUUCUCAGUUUUAACCCCCCUUCACUCUUCCCCUAUAACCAAGUCGUUGUGAUACGAAUGCUAAUCGUUCCUUCUGGUUUCGUCCCCUUUGCCACUUUGUCCUUAUUUCUCUCCCCCCACCCCCUCAAACCCCCCGCCAAACUUUUACCUCAGAGGCUUUGGUGUCAGGGCUGAUACCCACAAGUCAUCUGUAAUGUUCCAAAGCAGUUACCAGCCUCGUGAUUUUUGUCAUUUCCCAGGCCUGUCUCCAUCCAUCGCUUUUUUGUUUGUUUGUUUCCAAUGAAGCUACUGUUGUGAAACUGAGAAAAAAAAAAAAACCUUGCCCAGGAUAGCACUUUAAUAGCCAAAUAAAAAUGUGUUGCCUGUC